AUGCGCCGUACUAAUUCGUUUCGGCAGGAUAGAUUGCACGGCUUUCUGUACCGCACACCUUCCUACCGCGGCCGGACACCCCGUCGGAGAUACGGACCGACAGCCUAUGCAGAGGCAGGCAUGGGAGAACGAUGCUGGUUCGGCUGGAUUUCUGUAGCUGAUCCAAUCUCAUCAUAUCUUUACUAUCCUCUCUACUUCUCGCUUCAGGCCGGUGAUAUUGUUUUGGGCUUUCAAAAGCGAUCCAAUUGUGCUCACGAUAUCUUUUCCCCGCCAGAGAAAAUCAUCAAGAUGGCUGGGACUGUGGAUAUGCUUGUCUGCCGCGAAUUAGGUGGCCCGUACGAAAUUCGAAGGGUCAGAUUAGGGACACUUCGCGACGACGAAUUACUUGUCCGGAUUAUCGCAACAGGCGGAACGACUCCAGUCCCCCUACCCCUGGUUGGUGGGCACGAAGGCGCUGGUGUUGUAGAGCGGAUAGGCUCCCAAGUCGCGCAUAUCUCCCCCGGUGAUCAUGUGUUACUCAGCUUCAGCACCUGCGGGGAUUGUGCUACUUGCCAAAGAAACAUGCCAGCUUACUGCGCAAAUAUCUGGAAAUUGAACUUUCUUGGGACUCGAACGGACGGCACAAAGGCGUACACAGAUGCCAUAGACGGGACAGAAAUAUCCUCGCACUUCUUCGGCCAGUCGUCGUUUGCGAAGAAGGCCAUUGUCAGAGCCAGAUCUGCAAUUCUGGUUGCUCCAGAUCUUCCGCUACAGACCUUGUGUGUUCUUGGAUGCACGCUGCAGACUGGUGCUGGAACGGUCCUGAAUCAACUCCAACCACGGCGAGGAAGCUCUAUUGCGGUAUUUGGAGCUGGUGCUGUCGGAAUCGCGUCGAUACUAGCCGCACGGUUGACGCCCGAUAUCAAAAUUAUUGCAGUCGAUGUUUUGGCUAGUAAGCUGCAAAUCGCGAAGACGCUUGGGGCACUUUACACCGUUAAUUCAACGAACAAGGACCCUAUUGCAGCAAUCCUUGCACUGACAGGGGGCUUUGGUGUUGAGAGGGCACUGGACACAACAGGGAAUCCUGAAGUUAUUAAAACAAUGCUGUCAGUCACCGCGCCGGAUGGAAUUGCUGCGUCCGUCGGGGCGCCAAAGAUUGGAACAAAGAUCGACAUAGAGCCGGCUAUCUGGAUUACUCGUGGAGUAAGCUACAUAGGCGUUCAUCAGGGGUCUUCUCGACCUCAGGAGUUCAUCCCCCGACUGAUUCAGCUAUGGGCAGAAGGUCAUCUGCCUGUGGAGAAGAUGAUAACAAAGUACAACUACACCGAGAUUGAGCGCGCGAAAUCCGAGCUGCAAGGUGGAUCAUGUGUGAAGGCAGUUUUGCUCUGGGACGAGGAGUAA